AGGGGUCGGCUCUGGCUCCCGGGGCCCUGGUGGCCUCGGCCCCCUCUCCUGGUCCCCACCUCUCAGCCCUGCCCAACGGCAGACCAGACACCGAGGGCGACUGGGGGCAACGGCCCCCUCCCUGCCCCCCGGGAACUGCCACGUGGUAGAGGCAGGCUCUGACCCUGUGCUCUUUGCUUCCCCCUCAAGAGGCCAUGCAGGUGACAUAGGAGCUCUUGAAGUUGCCCGCCCUGGGCUCUUUUUCCAGGGCUUUCCCUCUGAGGUCUUUGUGCAGAACGGACUCUGCUUCGUCAGCUCAUUGGUUCGUUCAGCAGGUGCUUAGGGAGGAACAGCUGCAUGCGGAGCAGCUGUGGCAGGAGGUGGCAGGGGUGGCGGCAGUAAGGGUUUUCAGGGUCUGCUCUGGCCGGCACCACGCUUGGUGGCUUGUCUGCUGGACAAGCAGGUACACAGUGGGUCAGCCCAGAGCAUGUGACCUGUGACCCAGGGCGACCCAGGAGGAGGUGGCCCCGGGGCCGGGAAGGCCACACAUGAUGGCCCUGAGCUUUGCAGCAGAUGCUGGGGAGCUGAGUCGGGGAGAGCUGGGCCCUCCGCAGGGAAGCUGUCCGGAGGCCCCCCCGCCUGACCGAGGACCCCCGUCGCUCCCUGCCCUAGCUGCCCUGGGGAUGCCCAUGGGGCGGGGGGUCUGCAGGUGGAGGGCCUCAGGAUGGAGCCCCAUGUUCAGGGCCUGCGGGUGUGGGGCGGGAAUCGGUCAGGGAGACACGAGGGGCCAGGAGGCGGCUGGGGUGCUGGGCGGGCCUGCCGGGCCUCAGGUGCUGGCGCCGGGUGUGGGGGGCAGAGGUGGGGCCGCUGCCGCUGCGGACGGCCCCUCUAUAGGGAAGGGGUGAGCACUCAAAGCCCCUGCCAGGAAGGGCAGGAAGCAAACCUUCCUUUCAAGUAUUAAUUCAGAAAGAAUUCAGAGGGUUGGUAGCCGUAGCAACAGGUGUCAACAUUCGGUGGCCCGUGUUGUCCUCUGGCUCCUCUGACGGGCGUCGGGGUGCUCUGGAGCCAUCCGCUGCAAGUACAACCAGGUCAACAGCCACUUCCACUGCAUCCGCGAGGGCUGCCAGUUCUCCUUCCUCCUCAAGCACCAGAUGACCUCCCAUGCCCGGAAGCACAUGCGGAGGAUGCUGGGGAAGAACUUCGACCGCGUGCCCGCCUCCCAGGGCCCCCCGAGCCUGAUGGACACGGAGACCGAUGAGUACAUGGACUACACGGGCUGCAGCCCGGGCGCCGUGUCCUCCGAGUCAUCCACCAUGGACCGAAGCUGCUCCAGCACCCCCGUGGGCAACGAGAGCACCGCGGCAGGCUGCCCGGCUCCUCCUCCUCCUCCUCUUCCUCCUCCUGCUGCCGCUGGCGACGAGGCUGCCCGCGUGGCUCCGCAGCCCGCACUGACCCCGUCCUUCUCAGCGGCCGUGCUGCGGGCGCCCCUCCCCUCCCUCCCAUGCCUCUUUUCUCCGCCCUGUCUCUCAUACUCUCUGCUCAGUGCCACUAUCGGAGCCACCCGGGGCCUGGGCCACCCUGUCAGCAGCCCACCCCGCUUCCCGCCCGCCACUGCCACUCCAACUCCAGUAAAAAGUGACGUCCCCGUAGUUCAGGAUGCCGCAGGGAACACCAUCUCCAUGCCCGCGGCGUCCGGGGCCAAGAAGCGCUUCUGGAUCAUCGAGGACAUGUCGCCCUUCGGCAAGCGGCGCAAGACGGCGGCGUCGCGCAAGAUGCUGGACGAGGGCAUGAUGCUGGAGGGCUUCCGGCGCUUCGACCUGUACGAGGACUGCAAGGACGCCGCGUGCCAGUUCUCGCUCAAGGUCACGCACUACCACUGCACGCGCGAGAACUGCGGCUACAAGUUCUGCGGCCGCACGCACAUGUACAAGCACGCGCAGCACCACGACCGCGUGGACAACCUGGUGCUGGACGACUUCAAGCGCUUCAAGGCGUCGCUGCGCUGCCACUUCGCCGACUGCCCGUUCUCGGGCGCGAGCACGCACUUCCACUGCCUGCGCUGCCGCUUCCGCUGCACGGACAGCACCAAGGUCACGGCGCACCGCAAGCACCACGGCAAGCAGGACGUGAUCAGCGCGGCGGGCUUCCGCCAGUUCAGCUCGAGCGCCGACUGCGCCGUGGCCGACUGCAAGUACAAGCUCCGCUGCUCGCACUUCCACUGCACCUACCCCGGCUGCCGCCACACGGUGGUCGGGAUGUCGCAGAUGGACUCGCACAAGCGCAAGCACGACAAGCAGGAGCGCGGGGAGCCGCCCGCCGCCUCGCCCGGCCCCGCCGGCGCCCCGGACGCCGCCCUGCCGCUGGGCCCCGAGCCCGCGCUGCUCUUCCUGCCGCCCGCCGCCGCCGCCGCCGAGGACGACGAGGAGGAGCUGGAGCUGCCCGAGGAGGACGCGGACGACGACGAGGACGACGACGAGGACGACGACGACGAGGACGACGACGACGACGAGGACGACGACGACGACGAGGACCUGCGCACCGACUCGGAGGAGUCGCUGCCCGAGGCGGCGGGGGGCGGCGGGGCCGGGGGCGCGGAGCCCGGAGCUGGCGGCGCCCGCCGCGGCCUCGCCCUAGCCCUAGCCGGCCGUCGGGGCGGGGGCGCGGGGACCGGCGGGGACCGGCGGGGGCGCCCGGGGCCGCUGCGACUCCCGCUCCCCGCGCAGAGCCUCCCGAACUCUGUGGGCGCCGCGCUGCUGCUGAGCGCUCGCCCAGACUCUGCUCUCCACCGCCCCUGGGGACCUGCCCGGGCGGGACGGUGCGACCCGGAUCCCAUCCGGAUGCUGGCCCGGCUCCUGCCUGGAGCUCCCGGCGGCAUCGCUGGGCCUCGGAGGGAGCGGAGGCGCGGGGUCCGCCUUGAGGAAGUCGGGCCUGAGGGCGACCAGGCCCGUGACCGUCAGGAUGCCCGUCAGAUGCCGCAGCAGCUCAUGGCCGGGGCCAGGCCCUGCCCGGGAUGA